UUUAAAUGUCUGGUUGGACUUCCUGCACGUAACGUUAGCUGUUUUAUCCAAUCUGUUAUCUUGCUAUCUAACGUUGGCUAAUUUAGCGUUAACUUGUUUGGAUUGCUAUUGCAAUUGCUAUUUGUGUUCGUUUUAAAUAGACCGAUUCAUUUACGAGCCAUUGACAAGUUUCUUGCUUUCCAGCUACUUUCACUUUCACAGUUUCACUAACUUACUAACGUUAGCCAACGGACACCAACCUAACAGCCACGUAACCAAGACAACUGUGUUUCCAUAGCCUGUCAAUCGGAUAGUCAUGUGGGUAGCUAGCCAACCUAUCGAGCGUGGUAGCUAAUUGAAAGUAUAAAACCCGAACGUACCCAUGUAACUUAAGUCAGCUAAAACGUAGUCAUUGUCUGUAGCUUAAUUUAUUUGACACCGUGUUGCCUCAAAGAUGUCAAGGAUGACCCUCGAUGGCUGAGGUUGCUAAGGCUGAAACGCCAUCAACUGUCAUGCACUGACACAGAAUGACAUCUACCGACGACUUUCACUCCCCUGAAUCCACGGUUACUUCACUGUUAGCCAGCUCUGGGCAACUAAAGAGCUCCUCGUCGUCCGACUUAGGACGCUCCAUUCGAUACCGGGACAGGGAGUACGAGUCGGCCUCGGAGGCCCUGGAUGCCUACAUUGCUGAUUUCCAGAGGAGCCUACGGACCCCAGAAGUGUCCACAGGGCGGCUACAGUUACCAAAGGACCCAGUCCCCCCUAUUCUUUCAAGAACCAGGUUCAGAAACAAGGAUGUGCUGAGAGAGAGGCUGACUGACGGGGAGCUGGACUUCCUGAACCUGCCUGUGGGCCCUCAGCGAAGAGAGCCAGACAGUGUGAGCCUGACCACGGAUGACCUGCUGAUCCUGCCCACCGACGGCUCCAUGCCCAUCACCCGCACCUCAGCCUACCUGACCCAACACCUGGCCUACCACAGCUCCACCUCCAGGUCCCUCAGGAGCCAGGACCUCCUCGCAUCGCAGGGUGCCUCUCAACGGAGGAGGGCGCAAGGGAGAGCCCCGGGGGGAGAGGACUUCCUGGGGUCGCACCCAAACCGCCAGCCCAGAAGAAGCCACCAAACGCAGAGAGGGCCACCGGACGCGGGCUCCUCGAGCCACUACCCCAGGUGGCUGACCAGCCUGAAGUCCGACAUGGACUUCUCGGGCGUCACCAGCAUCCCGGACCAAACGUACCCGACCUGGCUCCGGGACUGCGAAGAGACCGCCGGCCGCAAGUCGGCUUUCGGUAAGCUGGGCCACAGUCGCACCUUCCCCCCCUCGCCCAAAGCGCCGUCCUGGCUGGGCGUGCUGGAGGAGGCCCCGUACGAGGAGCUGCAGGGGGGCUCAGAGACGCUCCUGAGAGGGGGACACAGUGCGAGAGAGGAGCCAGGAGACCACGCUAACGUGCUAACGGAGGAGGCAGGAUCGCCAACGCUGAGGGAGCUCAGAGUAGAGUGCGCAGACCCGCUGGCCUUUGUAGAAGAGAUGGAGAGGGAGAGAGAGGCCCAGUAUGACAAACCCAUUAGAGAUGACAGGAUUGAGUCUUUGAUACUGAAAGCAGAGAAGGCCCUGGAAUCAUCACAUCACGCGGGGAAGGCUGGAGGCUGCAGUCCGCGCACUGAAGACAUUCUAGACCUGGACCGGUCAUGGGACAACCCGCCCGUUACCUUUAAACCUCCAGUGCCUGUAGGCGGCGCUGAAGACCAGCUCAACGUAAACAAGCCAGGAGGGACCAGGGAAAUUGAGGCUGCGGCAUCAACGUCCUCCGGGUACAGCAGUAGGAAACACCCAGGACCCGUUGAGGCCCUCAAGCAGAUGCUGUUCAGCCUGCAGGCCGUGGAGCAGAGGGUUACGCAGAGGCAGGAGGGGAAACUGCAGGACACCUCUACACCGGAGACCCAGCACCCAGGGCCCCCAGAGGAACAUCUGCUGGCCUGCUCGAUGUCUGACCCCUGUGAGGAUUACGAGAACGCCCCCGGUGGUCAAUCUUUGCAGAGGGCCCUGCUUCACCUGGGGAGACUGAAGAACCUGGUAGAGGACAUGAAUGAGAGGGAGAGAGCUUCAGGAGUGGUCACGUGCGAGAACACGGCCACUCUGUGAGGAAACCACCUGGUCCCUCUACCUACAUCCAUUUCUGGAUCUGGAUCUUUGUGCCAAACUGAGAAGCAAUUCUGUCAAACUGUAACAUUUGAGGUCCUGUUACUGUUAUAUCUUUAAUUCAUGCAAAUAUUGUGCCAUGAAAACAUAUUUUACAUAUAUUCCUCUUGACUUAUUUCCUAUACAAAACUGCAGUGUGGACCAAUUGGGACAGUUGUACAAUUAAAAAUGAUGUGAGCCUGAGGUAAGCUAAUCCUAGUUAAUACAGGUAUAUACUAUCACAACUGUAUUUAAAACCAUUCCUGGCUGUUAUAAAAAAAAAGAACUACCAACAGUGUUUCAAGGCCUUUUUCAGGAAUAUGUUGGAUGCAAACACAGUAUAUCGUACUAUAUAUAUAUAGACACCAAACCAUUUCUGACAUCCUAAGUAAUUGUAUAAUGUAGCUGUGUGAAAGUACUUACUGAAAUAAGAUAGUAACUGGUGCUUCACAGAAGUGCUUUAUAUUUCAAUAUGUUCUGUCCAAAUGCAGGCUUAUGACAGUGAAGGAAAAUGGUAUUGUGGUGUAGAUGAGAUUUUUCUUACAAUUGUAAUUUUGCUCAGCUGACUUCUAAAUUGAGAGCAGUUAUCCUCAAGGAGCCAAGAUUGAAAGUGCGCUGUUUGUCAUUGUGAAAGCCUUAAAUUGUAUAUUUUGAACUACAAUAACUGACUAAGAUUGUAUUUUAUAUAUGAAGGAUAUUUAAAGAAUGGAUAAAUUACCAUUUUGUGUAUUGACUGAACUCAGUAAAUAUUUUAGUUGGAAACCCGACCAUCAGAAUCCAGUGCCUUGCACGAAUCCCAUUUCCAUAUAACUGUACUUAGCAUUCUCUGUGACACUUUCAAAUAUAUUUAAUUAAAACCGAUUGUUUACAUUCCAUAUUGUUCUUAAAUGCCACAGUAGCAUUACAUUUUGUUGUUGUACACUAUUGACCUGUAUGUAAAAUAUUGUUGUUGCUUGUUCUUGUUGACCAAUUUAUGACCAAUUUAUUAUUAAUAUAUGUCAGCCAAAGCAUCUGUAUUUUCUGUAAUUAUGAUCUAUCUAGGAAAACCGAUGUAUUUUGCACCAGAUUCUUGUUUGAAAGCACAAUUAUCUCUUAAUUUAGACUAGCUGCUAUGCUAAGCCAGCUACAUCCAGAUCAGUAGGCCUUCAGUUAGUUAUAAAAUAAAGAACCCUGACCUCA